AACGCUUGGUGGGGGAGGGGCGGCGGGCGCAGCAGCAGUCGGCCAGCCAUGGAGCAGGGCUUAGGGGGCGGAGGGACCGCGACAAAAUCGCGACAAGGUAUCUGCAGCCCCCCCGGUGGUUGCUGGUUGUACUGUCUCCCGCGUCUCGGCAUCAUACACCUUCGGCGUCUCUACUCGGCAGCGCACUCGGCCCAUCCCAGCCUGCACGCAGCCAGGUACGGACGGGGCCUUGACCCGGGCCGGGGGUAGCUGGGCUCGUUAACUGCCCUUCCGUUUUCCCUCUAGAUCCCCUCUGAUCGCCACAUCAUGUCCCUCCGCUUCCUCCGCCGCCUCCUCCUCGUAGCCCUGCUGCUCGUGAUUGUCUGGAUCCUCUUUGGGCCCUCAGGCCUCGGGGAGGAGCUGCUGAGCCUCUCACUCCCCUCUUUACUUUCUGCGCCCGCCUCGCCAGGGCCGCCCAUGGCCUUGCCCCGCCUCCUGAUCCCCAAUGUGGAAGCGUGCCGCGGGCCCGGCGCCCCUCCUUUCCUGCUUAUCCUGGUGUGCACCGCCCCCGAGAAUCUGCACCAAAGGAACACCAUCCGGGCCUCGUGGGGCGGGCUGCACGAGGCCAGGGGGCUAAGGGUGCAGACCCUCUUCCUGCUGGGGGAGCCCGUCCGGCCACAGCCUACCUGGGGCGAACAAGGGAACGGCCUGGCGUGGGAGGCUGCGGCCCAAGGAGACAUCUUGCAGGCGGCCUUUCAGGAUUCUUACCGCAACCUCACCCUCAAAACCCUCAGCGGGCUGAACUGGGCCAACAAGCACUGUCCUAUGGCCCGCUACAUCCUCAAGACGGAUGAUGAUGUGUAUGUUAACGUCCCCGAACUGGUCUCAGAGCUGGUCCGGCGAGGGGGCCGUUCGGAGCAAUGGGAAAGGGGCACGGAGCCACAGAGCGCAGUUGCGGUUGGAGAUAAGGAGCAGGAACAAGGGGGCCGGGUUUUGGGGAGCGAGCCUGUGCCUCUCCUGUACCUAGGCCGCAUGCACUGGCGGGUAUACCCAUCUAGGACACCAGGGGGUCGGCACCAGGUGUCUGAACAGCAGUGGCCUAUGGCCUGGGGCCCCUUUCCACCCUAUGCCUCAGGCACAGGGUAUGUGCUAUCAGCUUCUGCUGUGCAGCUCAUCCUGAGGGUGGCCAGUCAGGUUCCCCUUCUGCCACUGGAGGAUGUCUUUGUGGGGGUGAGUGCCCGCCGAGGAGGCCUCACCCUGACCCACUGUGUCAAGCUGGCUGGUGCCACCCACUACCCCCUGGACCGGUGCUGUUAUGGAAAAUUCCUGCUGACAUCCCACAGAUUGGACCCCAGGAAGAUGCAACAGGCCUGGAAACUGGUGGACAGCCCUGAUGGAGAAAGGACUGCACCCUUCUGCUCCUGGCUCCAAGGAGUCCUGGGCAUCCUGCGGUGUCGGAUAAUAGCCUGGCUUGACAGCUGAGUGUGUCUGGGGCCACAGGAGAGGGGCUGAGGGGGUAGAGCACCCCCAGGACCUUCUCUCCCAGGCCUGACACAAGGGCCCUCGCUGGCUGCAGCAGAUCCAUUUCCUCAUGCCAAUUCCUCUGUCUGACACUGCAGACCAAGAGAUAUAGGAGAAACCCAGGGGCCUGGCCUGCUAGCCCCAAAGAUGGCCAUCAGGAAUAGCAAAAAAUGCAGUUCUCUCUAGUCAGGGCAGGCGAGGGGCACGAGCUCAAUAAACUUUUGUCUCUGCCUCUUGAGUGUAGUGUUUUCUUCACCAGAACUCCCAGAACACCCACUGGGAAGUCCCAGAGGCUACCAGGUCCUGCUGGAUAGGAAGGACACCUCCAGG